AUGGAAAAAGUAUCCGGCUCAGAAACUUCUGUUUAUACAGGAUGUUUCACCGCGGACUAUAUGAUGCUCGCCUCGAAAGAUCCAGAACGGAUGUCAAAAUAUACAGCAACAGGAGUGGCAGCGACCAUGCUUGCCAACCGAAUAAGUUGGUUUUUUAAUCUCAAGGGCACAAGUGUAACUAUGGAUUCUGCGUGCUCAAGCAGUAUGGUUGCACUUGACUCGGCAUGCCAAGGCCUUUGGAAUAAUACCACAUCUAUGGCUCUUGUAGCAGGAUGUAACCUUAUUUUCUCCCCAGAAAUGUGCAUUGGCCUGUCAAACAUGAGCUUCCUCUCCCCCGAUAGUCGAAGCUACAGCUUUGAUCAUCGCGCCAAUGGAUAUUCUAGAGGCGAAGGCUUUGGAGUCCUCGUCGUAAAACGUCUCGCAGAUGCUGUUCGUGAUAAUGACACGAUUCGGGCAGUUAUUCGAUCGACAGGCUCGAAUUCGGAUGGUUAUACUCCAGGCGUCUCACAACCUAGCAAGACCGCUCAAGCUGCGCUGAUCCGGGCGACUUAUAAACGCGCAGGGUUGAGUUUGAGAGACACUAGAUUCUUCGAAGCUCAUGGCACAGGAACCCCCGUCGGUGAUCCACUGGAAGCUGAAGCUAUUGGAGAGGCAUUCCAGGACAGCCGCGAGCCUGGAGAACCUCUGUAUAUUGGGGCGGUGAAAUCCAAUAUAGGGCACCUGGAAGGAUGUGCUGGGAUUGCUGGGAUUAUCAAGACCAUUAUGGUGUUGGAAAAGGGGCUGAUACCGCCAAACACGAACUUUGAGAAGCUGAAUCCGGAUAUCGAUGCCGAAUUUUUGGGUUUAGAGUUUCCUACUAAAGCGGUACCGUGGCCGACAAACGGACUACGUAGAGCAUCUGUUAACUCUUUUGGAUUUGGUGGCACAAACUCGCAUGUCGUCCUUGACGAUGCAUACAACUUUCUUCGACUUCGGAACAUCACCGCCAAUCAUUGCACAGUUGCAAAUCCCCCAUCAGCGGACGAUUUACUAAAUGGCGGAAGUAUUCUCACGAACGAUAUGUCAGAGCUGCCUAGCCUCGACGUUUUGGCUACCGAGUCAGUGUCUAAGCUACUACCGAAAAUACUAGUUUUAUCAGCUCCAAAUGCGAAAUGUCUCCAGCGCCUGGCAACGACAUACUCACAACAUUUCGAAAAUGAUUUAGGCCUCUCCCAAAAGGGUCCAACGUAUUUAGCUAAUUUGGCUUAUACAUUAGAUUCAAGGAGAAGCGCACUGCCUUGGAAAUCAUUUUACCUUGUGGAUUCAUGCAAGAAACUUAACAAACUUGGAGAACUAGUAUCCAAACCAGUUCAAGUUACAGUUAAACCAAAACUCGGUUUCGUAUUUACCGGUCAAGGGGCGCAGUCAUAUUCCAUGGGUCGCGAGCUGCUGUCUCUUCCGGUGUUCAAGACAAGUUUAAUGCGCGCCGAAGAAUAUCUCCGUCAAGUAGGUUGCGAGUGGUUUCUGCUAGAUGAGCUUUUAAAAUCAAAGGAAGAAAGCAAAAUAAAUAAUCCAGAGUUGAGUCAGCCAAUUUGCACAGCGAUUCAAGUGGCAUUGGUAGACCUCCUGAAGUCAUUUGGCGUAUUUUCAGCAGCUGUGGUAGGGCACUCAUCGGGAGAGAUUGCUGCUGCAUAUUCAAUUGGAGCUAUCUCUUGCGAGGCUGCUUGGAAGAUAGCUUUCCACCGGGGUCGCUAUGCUGCAGAAAUUGCACAAAACUCCUCCUCAAAAGGACGAAUGAUGUCCGUGGGACUUUCUGAGGUCGAAAUACAACCCUACCUGGACGAUAUCAAGAUCGAAUCAAAUCACUACGGAUUGACGGUCAGCUGUGUAAACAGCCCCAGUAACGUCACUAUUUCUGGGGACGAGAUAUAUAUAGAUAUUCUUCAGGAGCGGUUACAGCGAGAAAAGAUAUUUGCUCGAAAGUUGCUGGUCAAUGUUGCCUAUCACUCUGCCCAGAUGAAGGAGGUCGCCGAUAAGUACCAAACGAGCCUAGGACGCAUCGAGCCUGGAGAUUUCGUCUCAAGAGAUACUAUCAUGGUAUCUUCAGUCACUGGCGAACCAAUUCUAGCGUCUGAACUUUGCUGUCCGGAGUAUUGGGUGCAGAAUAUGGUAUCCCCUGUCCGAUUUUCUGCCGCCCUGGGUCGAGUAUGUUUGCAGACCCCGAAGCCCCUGAACAGAAAAGUAGAUGGGAGCCAUCGCAACACAAUUAUGGUCCAAGACUUGCUGGAAAUUGGGCCACAUUCGGCACUUCAAGGGCCCAUUCGCGACAUUCUUCAGUGGAGAAACCGCUCAGCGAAUGUUAAGUACUUUUCAGCUCUCAUUCGAAAUCGUUCCGCCAUCGAAACCACCUUUGAAGCUUUGGGUAGUCUCUAUUGCAGAGGAUAUCCAGUUGACAUGAGGAGUGUUAAUCAACCAACGCAGAAGAGAAGUUCCCUCCCUGCAGUAUUAACAGACCUUCCAGAAUAUCCAUUUGACCACACGAAAUCAUACUGGCAUGAAAGCAAGAUCAGCAGAGGCCUCAGAUUCCGGUCUCACGGUUACAAUCCUUUGCUCGGCACUCCUGUAUCGGACUGGAAUCCUCUUGAAGGCAGAUGGAGACAUGUUCUUAGCAUUACGGAUCUCCCAUGGGUUGAGGACCAUAUGAUUAAUGGAUCCAUCUUAUACCCAGCCGCCGGAAUGUGUGCGAUGGCCAUUGAGGCAGCGAAGCAAACAGCGGAAGACCAGGCAAUCAUUGGAUACGAAAUUAGGGAUGCCGUCUUCCAUACUGCGCUGAAUAUACCUUUUUCGGGUGGACUAGAUGUCGAAUUUCACCUCCGCCCGCUACGAGAUGCGUCCGAAAAGACGAACACAUGGGCCGAGUUUCGUGUCUAUAUGUGCCAGGAGGAAUCGUGGGUAGAGACGUGCCGUGGAGAAAUUCAGGUGAUAUACAAAGCGGGUGAGACCGAAAUCGACCGUGGGCGAGAGAGCAAACAAGAACUACAAAGUCUGCAGGAGAUCCACCACAAUGCAGCCACGACAUGCCAUAAUAUAAUAGACGCAGAACAGAUGUACAAAGGGCUGCAUGACCUGGGAUAUCAUUAUGGACCAACUUUCAGACCGAUCGUCCAGUUGCAGUACAGCGAGAGUGGUGAAGCUCUUGGGGAUGUUGCACUAAAUCACCCGAUACUUGAAGAGACUGGGCGAACUGCCGAGGGAUCUUGUGUUAUUCACCCAACAACCUUUGACGGUAUAUUACAGCUUUCACUUGCUGCCCUACAGGGAGGCGGUUUACAAACUGGUGUGACCCGGAUCCCCACACGGAUUGGUAGACUAUGGAUAUCUGAUACAGGCUUGAAUGCUUCAUCUGCGGACGUGGCAUCGGCUUACGCAAAUAUUGCAUCCAAAGGAACCAGAGGGACAAAAUCUUCCCUCAGCGCUCUCAGCAAAGCAGAUAAACAGCUUCUCAUGCGUGUCGAGGACUUCGAGACAACUACGAUCCCGAGCUCUAAUUCUGACGCUCAGCACCAGUCAAUGUCAUCGCAGUUAUGCUAUAACGUCGAGCUAAAGCCUAAUGUUGAACUUAUGACCCAGCAAAGCAUCAACCAGUAUUGCGGGAGUGUCGAUUUCCCUGACAGAGAUCCUGAAGAAUACUUCGAAGACCUUCGCCGAAUCAAGGCCAAAUAUAUAUCCAGAGCUCUGGCUGAUCUCGGAACAAACUUACACGAAGUCUCUACGCCGCAUAUUCAACAAUAUGUAGCAUGGAUGCAACUACAACAAGGUAUAUCUCCGCAAGAUGAGGGAGCUGUAUUCUCGCUAUCAAGCCCCCAAACCCCCCUCGAAGAUUUCUGCAUCGAAACCGGGCAGACUGAUAAGCAAAUGGAGCUGUUUGUCAGGACAGGGCAGAACCUUACGCGGGUCCUUCGGGGUGAAGUCGAUGCGUUAGAUUUGUUCUUCGCGGACGGUUUGAUGAGAAGUUACUAUCAACAUGUAAAUGCUCGAGCCACUGGUUUUAAGAAAUUUGGGAAAUACCUGGAUCUUCUAGCUCACAAGAACCCUGGAAUGAAGUUUCUGGAAAUUGGCGCAGGCACAGGGGCUACGACCGAGGUCAUUUUGGACAUUUUGACCCCAGGAAAGGAGAAAGGGAUUUCGUCAACGCCAAGAUACGGCCAGUAUGACUUCACGGAUAUCUCGUCCUCAUUCUUCCCCCCAGCCCAGGAGAUAUUUGGUCAGAGCGAGCUCAAUUACAUGGUCCUGGAUGUCGAAGAAGAUCCAGCCGCACAAAAUAUCGAGCCUGGAACUUAUGAUAUUAUUGUAGCAUCCCAUGUACUUCACGCCACCAGAAGCCUGACUAAAACUCUGGAGAAUAUCCGAAAACUUCUGAAGCCGGGUGGCAAACUUUUCCUCGUAGAGGUUACCAAGCCAGAUAUUUUGGGUGUUGGAUUUACCUUUGGCCUCUUUUCGGGGUGGUGGCUUAGUACCGAGAGUUAUCGGAUACACAGUCCCUGCAUCACAGAAGAAAAAUGGGAUGAACUACUGCGUGGGAAUGGGUUCACCGGGACAGAUCACAUUUUCAGGGACUAUGAAAGUGAUAUUUGCCACGAAUGGAGCAUUUUGAUCUCCACUGCCGCGAGCCCAGAUCCGAAUCCACCUAUGGCCCCACGAGUCAUCGUUGUCGCAGACACAGAGUCGGAAACGCAACAAGAGGUUGCAAGGAUGAUACAAGAAUCUAAUUCAAAUAGCACAAUAUCCUCCCUCAACGACGCUGCAUCAGCUCCUGACUUAGGAGAGGCAAGCUUGAUAUUCCUGCCUGAGCUUGAACAGCCUCUAAUUCACAACCUGAAUCCGGAGAAUUUCAGCACCCUGAUGGAAAUAUUGAAAUCUGCAGCAAAGGUGCUAUGGGUCUCUGCUACCACUCCAGAGUCAGCAAUGAUCACUGGCCUUGCCCGAGUCCUGCGGACAGAGAGAAACAACCUCAUAAUCACAACUUUGCAUUUGGACGCGAAAAAAGAUGGCCAGAACAAAGCACAGGAACACGCUGCCAAUAUCAUUACCGUCUUCAAUGAUGCGCUGCUCCGGUUGGAUGGCGAGAGCUACGAAACAGAAUAUGUCGAAAAAGACGGCAUGCUGCAGACACCUCGGAUCAUUGAGGCAAAAGCGAUGGACAUGGAAGUGUUGGCGAGGAGUUCCGAAAGCCAAUUCAAAAUCCUGGAAUUUGGACACGCCCCUCCUCUCAAACUAAGCAUUCGAACCCCUGGAUUACUUGAUACGCUGGAGUUUAUCGAUGACGAUAAAUAUGCAACCCCCCUUGGCCAGAAUGAAGUCGAAGUUAGAGUCAAAGCCGCGGGUGUAAAUUUCAGGGAUUGCCUCAUUGCCCUUGGAAGGCUGGAAGUUGGUGAUUUCGGUGCAGAAUGCUCAGGCAUAGUGACCCGCAUUGGCUCGAACUGUAAUAGGAUUAAAGUAGGCGCCCGCGUGUGCGGCUGCUAUCCUAAUACCUACCAAACCUUUGCUCGGGCUCCAGAAGAUUGUGUUGUAGCAAUUUCUGACAACAUUUCGUUUGUUGAAGCUGCAUCUCUGCCAACAACAUUUGCUACUGUAUAUCACGGACUUCACGAACUGGCACGGAUGGAAAAAGGAGAGUCGAUCCUGAUCCAUGCUGCCUCCGGGGGAACAGGCCAAGCUGCAAUUCAACUGGCACUGCAUUUUGGUGCAGUAGUCUUUGUUACCGUCGGCACCGAGGAAAAGAAGCAACUUUUGAUCGAUCUCUAUAAGAUUCCGGAAGAACACAUUCUUUAUUCCAGGGACAACUCUUUUGCUAAAGGCAUAAAGCGAUUAACCCAGGGCCGAGGUGUUGAUGUUGUUUUGAACUCUCUUUCCGGCGAGGGAUUGAAAGCAUCGUGGGAGUGCAUUGCACCCUUCGGACGAUUUAUUGAAAUUGGCAAAAAGGAUAUUCAAUCCCACAGCCACUUGCCAAUGUCCCCUUUCGCGGAGAAUGUAACAUUCAGUGCUAUUGAUCUCGCUACCAUGGCACAGCAGCGACCUGCUCUAAUUAAAAAGGUCUUAAUACCAAUCAUAGAGCUUGUCGAACUAGGAAAGCUCUCUCCUGCAAAUCCACUUCAAUCAUUCGGCCUCGGUGAUAUCGAGAAGGCUUUUCGUCAUAUGCAAGGGGGGAAGAAUUCCGGCAAGAUGGUCAUUGAGUUCAGUGACGAUGCAAAGAUACCUGCGGUACUUAAAACGAAACCAACCUACUCUUUCCAGGAUGAUGCAACAUAUUUGAUAUCAGGCGGCCUAGGAGGACUUGGCCGGAGUAUCUCUCGUUGGAUGGUUGGUCGUGGCGCAAGGCACCUUCUCCUUCUAUCUCGAUCUGGACCAACGUCGCCAGCCGCGCAGGCAUUCCUCGCAGAGAUGAGGGACUUGGGUGUGCAAGUUGAAACCCCAGUAUGUGAUGUCGCAUAUAAGCCAUCUCUAGCGUUUGUUUUAGAGAAAUACCGGCAGGUUAUGCCUCCUAUAAAAGGUUGCAUACAGGGCGCCAUGGUAUUGAAGGAUGCGGUAUUCGAGACCAUGACGUACAACGACUGGAAAACAUGCGUAAAUCCGAAGGUCCAGGGCUCUUGGAACCUGGAGUCCCUUUUGCCACAGGGACUGGACUUCUUUAUCCUGCUAUCUUCAGUUUGUGGUAUUAUAGGCAUGGGCGGCCAGGCCAAUUAUGCUGCGGCAAAUACAUAUCUUGAUGCAUUGGCAGAGUAUCGCCUCAACAGAGGGGAGAAAGCUGUAUCUUUGGAUCUUGGGCCGCUGUUGUCCGAAGGUCUCCUCGCUGAAAAUGAUGCUUUGAGGGAGCGGUUCUAUAGAACUGGAACGCUUAACCUCGUAUCUCAAGAAGUGCUGCUGGCAUUACUUGACUAUCACUGCGAUCCCGGGCUACCGCUUCUCACGCAGACAAACUGCCAGGUUGUCACCGGGCUGAAAUCCCCUGCAGACCUUCUGGCCCAGGGAACUGAAGAACCCCCAUGGAUGCAGCGGCCGAUGUUGAACCACUUACACCAGCUUAAAGGGGCAGGGAACUCCGUUUCUACCACUGCGACAGGGCAGCAGUCAGUCGAUUUGGCCGCCUCGUUCUCAAGCACCGGGUCGCUUGCUGAGGCUGGAGUUCUGGUCACUGGGGAACUAUCGAAACGAUUAGCCAAGACCCUGUCGAUUCCUGUCGAGGACUUUGACUUGAGUAGGCCAAUACACACUUAUGGGCUAGAUUCAUUGGUAGCUGUUGAGCUACGCAAUUGGUUCGAGAAAGAGUUAAAGGCUGAUAUCGCGAUUUUUGAGAUUUUGGGAGGCGCAACUCUUUCGGGAUUGGGACAGUCCGCUGCGGCGAAGAGCCAGUUUCGUCCACAAGCUUGGAGCGUGACAGAUUAG